AUGACACCAUUACACUUCAGCUAUCACUCCGCCUUUAUCAUUAGCAUUAUAGGCCUCUCACUACACCGAACUCAUCUAAUCUCAACUUUACUAUGCUUAGAAAGCAUAAUACUAUCUUUAUUUAUUGCCUUAUCAAUAUGACCCAUCCAACUACAAACCUCAUCACUUAUACUCACCCCAAUAUUAAUACUAUCCUUCUCCGCCUGCGAAGCCGGCAUGGGCCUAUCCCUACUAGUAGCAUCCUCACGAACCCACGGUUCAGAUCAACUACAAAACUUAAAUCUCUUACAAUGCUAA